UGCCAAACUCUCAUCAGGCUAUCUAGAAAUAUAUCAAAAAAGAUUAUUUACUUCUGAGCUUUUUUCUCCCCGACCCAACCAUGGGCGCUUUCUUUCUUUCUUCUGCCAUCAUCUUACUUCUCAUUGCCCUUUUCAUUUUAAACCCUUUUGUUCUAGCUCUGGUUGGAGCGUUGACUUUGGUUCUGAUAAUAUUUACGGCUUUAUUCUUAUUACUUCAUGUUACAGAAUUGAUCGCCAAGGACAAACGGCCACCCGUGGCUGGUCUAAUGUUGAAUCAGGUCGUGCACUUUAAUGGACUUUUUGAUUACCAAACAUCCCUUGCUAAGAAGCACAGCACUUACCGACUGAUUAUGCCAUUGCAAAGUGAGAUUUAUACUGCUGAUCCAGUUAAUAUCGAACAUAUACUAAAAACCAAUUUCCCUAAUUAUGGACGGGGUGCCCAUGCUGAGAUACUGAGAGAUCUCUUUGGUGAUGGUAUCUUUGCAGUAGAUGGAGAGAAAUGGCGCCAUCAACGGAAGCUUGCAAGCCAUGAGUUUUCAACCAAAGUUUUGAGAGAAUAUAGUACUGCUGUGUUUCAGGAUAAUGCUGCAAAAUUGGUUUCAAAAGUUUCUAUUAUGGGAGCAGCUAGGCAUGCUAUGGAUUUGCAGGAUAUGUUUAUGAAAUCAACUUUGGAUUCAAUUUUCAAGGUGGGAUUUGGAGUUGAGUUGAAUGCAUUGUCUGGCUCAGAUGAGUUUGGAAACCAAUUCACCAAGGCUUUCGAUGAUUCCAAUGUUAUUGUGUAUUGGAGAUAUGUUGAUCCGUUCUGGAAAGUUAAAAGGUUGCUUAAUAUAGGAUUGGAAGCCGCUCUUAAAAGAAAUGUCAAAAUCAUUGAUGACUUCAUUUUUGAAUUGGUUCGAUGUAAAAGGGAGCAGAUGAAAAAUGAAAAGCUUGUGAGAGAUAGAGAAGAUAUAUUGUCAAGGUUUUUGAUGGAGAGCGAGAAGGAUCCUGAGAACAUGACUGAUCAAUAUUUGAGAGAUAUUAUUCUCAACUUCAUGAUAGCAGGCAAAGAUACAUCAGCAAAUACACUCACUUGGUUCUUUUAUAUGCUUUGCAAGCAUCCCCUUGUUCAGAAGAAGGUUGUACAGGAAGUCAUAGAAUCAACUCAAGCUGAGGAUAAACUAUGUGCUGAUGAAUUUUCCAGGUUGAUGACGGAGCAAGCUCUAGGCAGAAUGCAGUAUCUUCAUGCGGCAUUAACUGAAACUCUUCGACUCUAUCCAGCUGUUCCAACGGAUGGGAAGUGUGCAGCAGAGGAUGAUGUUCUCCCUGAUGGUUUUAAAGUAAAGAAAGGAGAUGGGGUAAGUUACAUGGCUUAUGCCAUGGGAAGAAUGACAUAUAUAUGGGGAGAGGAUGCUGAUGAAUAUCGGCCUGAAAGAUGGCUUGAGAAUGGCAUUUUUCAACCAGAGAGUCCUUUUAAGUUCACCGCAUUCCAGGCCGGGCCUCGCGUCUGUCUCGGGAAGGAAUUUGCAUACAGGCAAAUGAAAAUCUUGGCAGCUGUUCUCCUCUAUUUCUUCCAAUUCAGACUCGUGGAUGAGACGAAGGAGGCUACAUAUCGGACCAUGUUCACACUUCACAUGGCUGAAGGGCUCAAUGCGUAUGCAUUUCCCAGGACGUAACCAUGGACUGGAAAAUGUUUGUUUGACACUUCUUCUUCGCUUUAUGUUGCCAAAUAUAUUUUUAUUGGUCAAAUUAUGCAAGUAGUCCAAUACUUUAUCAAAGUGAUAGAUUUAGCCAUCUAUAAAUUAAUUUAUAAAAAUUAAAUUUUUAUAUUUUUAAAAAUUGAUAAUAUCAGUUUAUUAUGUUAAAAA